AUUCUCCGCCUUUUGCUCAGUUGUUUACUGUGUGUAUUCGUCGCAUUCCCCAAGGUGCUGCCUGUGUCAUGGUCGCCGAAUUGUUUGCCUCGUUUGCCGUUGGCUGCUGACAAGUGAUUCUCUUCCGUCUGGAGCUAGCGGCAUGUCGUAUCUCCCCUUCACAUGAACACGUAAAAGAUCUUUUUUUCGCUUCAACGCAGGACUGUACACCGGCAUUCUACUCUCUGCUAAGCCCCGGAGUCUUUCCCCACUGUCCACACCGGCACAGUCCAACCAUAAUUCCUCUUUUCUGUCGAGUGCCUCAACUGCUGUUCACGGUGUUUUUUCCGCUUUCCUUGCUUCCCUUCUUGGAAGACCUCGGACCGGAAAGGCUGUAGACCUAAACGAACUCGUGACAAAUAACGGGAAGGCGAGGCACAGAUGUAAGCGGCGGUCAUUCACGUGCUCUUUGUGUAUCUGUGCGUGCAUGUCUGUGCCUCGACUGGAGAAGGUGGAUGUGAAUGACCAUUUCUACGUUUCGCGAAAAAAGGUUCCCACAAUGAGUACAGACACGCAGCCCCUCGUUGUGGGUCUUUCUCAGUCGGAUGCCUCUGAGGCGAGAUCCGUGGAGAGCGCUACGGCGAGGAAAACGGAGAAGAAGCAGCGUUCGGACACGAAUGGGAAGAACUCUGCCUCUUCAUCUUCUGGAGAUGGACCGUCUCUGCUGGUGACAAAGAAGCGAAAACGGGAGCCGGGCAUCGUGUACAUUUCGCGUAUUCCGCCACGAAUGAACAGGGCGGCACUUCGUCGCUACUUCGACAGAUUUGGUCAGCUCGGCCGCCUGCACAUCCAGGACGAAAGCGGCGCGGGGGAUCAUCGUCGGAAUCGGCGUUCCUCAACACCUGCGUCUUCGGGUGUACCGACAUCAGGCUGGCUCGAGUUCCUCGACAAGCGCGUCGCACGUCGCGUUUCUCGUCUGUUGAAUGGUCAGCCGAUCGGAAGCGCGAAGCGGAAGAGCCGGUGGCGAGAAGACCUCUGGUGUCUCACGUACCUCAAGGGCUUUUCCUGGCAACAGCUCAUCGAGGAGAAGGUGUACAAACACCGCGUCCGCGAAGCCCGGCUGAACGCGGCACUCAACGAGGUGAAGCGACAGAACUCGCUCUACCUCGAGUUGGUCGACGAACAGAAGAGAUUCCUCAAGAUGGAGGAGAAGCGGGCAGGCAAGAGGACAAACGCAGAAGGAGAGAGACAGGAAGACUCCGAUAAGCCUCUCUCGCUGGAUGCAGCCGAACGCGCAAAAGGAACUCGAGAAGGAGAGACAGAAGAGGGGAAACAUCUCAAGAAAAAGUCUCGUGUGCAGGAUCCGCAAAAGCGAACGCCGCAGCUGUCCGCUUCACGUAAAACCAAAGGUGCUUCUGGCAAGGCAAAAGAUAGUUGCUUCGCCGGGACUAAAGGCAGUCCGGAACAGCCUUUCUUGAAGGGAGAAAGGCUUUACUCUCUGGACCUCGGCACCAAGGUGAAAAGCACAUAGCCUACGCGCUACGGGCAUCAACUUCGUGGGGAAUGGACUGUCAAUUUAAUCCGUAAGGAAAAGCACACCUGUUGUUUCCCCGCAUGUUACCCGGCUUCUUGAGGUGUUGCGUUUUGAAUCCGUCCCACUGCACCACCUUUUCGACUAAAAC